AUGCCCAACUCCUCCAAGACCAUCUCCAUCCCCAUGCGCGACGCGCUGUUUGCCUGCUUUAAAGCAGCAACGACCCUUGAGAGCGCCCAAGCCGGGCUCAAAGACUUUACCGUCGAGGCCGACGGCAAGAUUGCGUUUGACGCACCUCAAGGAUUCCGAGUACGAAUGGAUGUCCUGGAGAUUGGCAAUGGCUGCAUCGAGCGCAUACACGCAACCGAGUCCUUCUUGGGGGGUUCGGUCGCGUCUACCUCAGACCUCCUCCGGCUCAGGGCAAAGACUGUGGUAGAGAGGGGAGGUGAUGGGGAAGUAGAUGACUUUCGGUGGUUACUGUUGCUUGCCGCAAGAAAUGGCCAUGUCCUCCCCUUACUUGAUAACGAUGAAGUGGAGAACUUGGUUGGUGCUGCUGCUAUCUUGAUGUCAUUCGAUGUCUUGAUCUUGGUUGCCCUUCUUGGUGUCAACAAUAGCGCAGCUGCUGGGCAGCUGCUGGGCAAAUAUCUGUGA